CGCGUGCGCGCUGGCGGCGCCCGACCCGGGUCUCGGCGACGGGGAGCGGCAACUACCAGAGUCCGAGGCUGCAGGCCCGGAGCCUAGUGACAGGCCGCAGAAUCAUUGGAUUAAUUGGCCGGGGAGGAUGCUCGCCAGGCUUCAAGAAAGGACUAUUAUGGGUCCCUAUGGAAUCAAUCGAGCUGUUCAUCGUGUUGUGUUCUCUGACUGUGAGAAUGGGCUAGGUAUUAAAAUUAUUGGUGGGUUUAAAGAACAAACGGGUGAGGAAUACGGGAUCUACGUUAAGCGUAUUUUGCAGAGAGGAAUAGCUGCAAGUGAUGGUCGCUUGCAGGCUGGUGACCUGAUCCUGGAGGUGAAUGGAGAAGAUCUAAUGGGAGUUACCAAUGAGAGGGCUGUCGAUAUCCUCCGCAUGGCCUCAGCCUCCAACCACAUGUCCUUGCUGAUUGCCCGGGAUGAUGAAGCCAGGAAAGAAUUUGCGGAACUGAUGGAGAAGUACGAUUGUCACAGUGAUGCUGGAUCAGCCCGCAGCUCACCUACUCCCCAUACUGCUGGUAAACACCUCGAGAGCACGUCAUCAACAUCUUUAUCCAGCUGCCCGAGUCCACAGCUCUUAAGCCCGAACGAUAUUGUGGCUAACAACAGUGGGAUUGUUACUACAAACACAGCAGCACCAACCAGAAGGAACUCUCCAAUUCAGCUGAUCUCGAUUCCCAAAGUGACAAACCUCGGCUUGAACAUUGUGGGUGGGACCAACAAGCCUGAGGGACCAAUGGUGUGUAUCCAGGAAUUGAUACCAGGAGGAGAUUGCCACAAGGAUGGAAGAUUGCAACCUGGAGACCAACUGGUGUCCAUUAACAAGGAGUCCCUGAUUGCUGUUACAGAGGAGGAGGCCAAGAGCAUUCUGACCAGACUGAAGCUAAGAUCCGAGGGAACGGUGGAGAUUGCUUUUGUGCGCAAGAGCCCUCAGCCCAGCUCUGCCUGUAACAUGCCGGGUCCCAGGGCCCAGGUGAUACCCUCGUCCCCCGCCAGCGCUGGAAAUGCAGAGUCCAGCUUACAGUCAGCCCCAGCCAGUCUCCUCCCAGUGAUGCAGUCGGGACUACAGCCCGAAACCGACAACACUGCUGCAGCCAAAACCCAUCAGGGCAAGUCAGGAAGUAAGAAGACCAGUCAGUCGUCUGAGCUGUCACCAGUCAACAGUUCACCGCAUCCCGUCUGUGCAGUGAACGUGACUCCAGCCUGGGCACAGAGCCCUACUGUCCGAGGAAGAUCAUUGUCCCUCAACCAUAGCUUCCGCCUGAAAGUGGAGAAAUUGGAGAUGGCACUCGGAUAUCUUGGCAUCGAACCAACUGAGGAGCAGCAACAAAGCCUCCGGCAGCAGCUUCAAGUGGACUCCAAGGGAACAGUGGCCUAUGGAGACUUUGUCCAGGCUGCCAGAGACUUGUUCCAAUUGCAGCUUGGUGGGACUGCCCCAGGAGCAGGAGCCAGCAUGUUUGCUUCCAGUGAAGAGACCACCCUGACUGAGACAACACCUUCCACACAGAUUACAUUGUCCAGUUCAGUGGAUACAGAAGAUUUGGAAAGAGUCACCCAAGAGAGGAAUGAGGCAUUAAAAGAGCUAAAGAAAUUGAAGGAUGAAAUGGUGGCAUCUGAGAAAAUCAGGAAACAAUUGACUGAUGAGCUGCAGAAAGUUAAACGGGAAGCGAAGAGUGCAGUGGAGGAGUGCCGUGCUCUGCGGAAUCGAAUCCAGCUGGCUGAAGCAGCCCAUCGGCAGGCACAGGGCAUGGAGAUGGACUACGAGGAGGUGGUUCAGCUGCUGGAGGCUGAGAUUACAGAGCUCAAAGCUCAACUGGCAGAUCAGCAAGGGCAGACCAAGGAUGACACCCAGGAUCUAAGAAAGCGGAUUGCUGUUCUGGACUGCCAGUUACGGAAAUCAGAGAUUGCGAAGAAAACGUUUGAAGUUUCUACUGAAAAGCUGCUGCAGUUUGUGGAGGUGGUGCAUGAGGUUCUUGCUGAGUCUCCAGCUGCUCUAACUCAUGCCAGUGGAAUUGGAGUCCGAAGAUUUUCAGGACCACCUUCAUCUCAGAACCUCCUCGACCGACUUGGUCGUACUGGACCCAGAACUCUACCCUCGCUUUCCACCGAUGCCAAAGAACUGGUCAAAUCUGUUCGUGCCAUCAUUGAAGCAGACUGUUUGCCCUAUGGAUGGGAAGAGGCUUAUACAGCAGACGGGAUUAAAUAUUUUAUCAACCACGUGACCCAGAUGACUUCAUGGAUCCAUCCAGUGACCAGCACCUUGAGCUUGCCCUGUGUUGAAAGGAGCAGCAACAAUGAACCUCAAGGACCUCCAGAAUUCAGGAGCUGAUGGAGACAGAAAGCCUCUGAAAAUGGAGUUGACGAGUUUGAGAAUCAACGGUUUCAUGUAAAACCAACCCCCACAAAUCACACCCACCAGCAAGAUCAUGCAGUAAAGAUCCUCAAAAACAUACUCUGAGAAAAUACUCUGGCAAUGUUUUCAGUUUUUUUAUAAGCAAUGUUUUUACUGCCCACAAGUUAGAAUGCUGAAUUUGUAUGUUGGGUUUGAGUUGUAACUCAGGCCAGUAAUGGGGCUGGAUGAAGUGAGAUUGUGUAGCCUCAGUCCAGUAUCUCAAUGACAAAGUCCAUACAAUAACACUAAAUAUUGCCUAUUUUUUGUUACAUUUUUUAGCUUCUAAUGACUAAAACAAGAUUGUUGGAAUCUGGAUAAUUUGGCAUUGCUGCUGGAGGGUUUUCAAAGAUAAAACAUAAAACUGAAAUAACCCCAUGCUGUCCCUUUCCUGGAAGUGGUCAAUGGGGACAGUGUAGAGGAAGCUUUACUCUGUAUUUUAACUCCUUGCUGUCCCUGUCCCCAGAAUGUUUGAUGGGGACGAUAUCAAAUAAACUUUACUUUCAUUUUCAAGGAUUCAGGGGAGUUCUACUUUACUUUACUUUUAGUUCAUAAAACUAGAGGUAGCUUUGAUUUUAGUUGAACAGUCUAGAGGAGGCUUUACUCUCUGUCUAACCCUGCGCUGUGUCUUCCUUGGGACCCCCAUGUACAGGGAGCUUUAUUCAGAAUCUGACUCGUGGUGUACCUACCCUGGGAGGUUACUGUCUUAAAAGGAGCCCUUCUAUGUAUCUAAUUCAUACUGGACUUGUCUUAGGAGUGUUUGUUACAGAUAAUGGGAAAAACUGUUCCUUUCCUCAUGUCUACUUGAACCUCUCCUUCUCUUGAACUCAUGCAGUCCAUAAUAAAGUAAAUAAUUCUG